UGUGCGUUUUAAGAACUUUCCAAGAAACUUUCCAUUAAAUUGUUUUCAAUGCGACUUGACACGAUCACCCACAAUCAGCUGAUUACUACCAGGGUCUGCCAAGUCUUAAAAUACAUUCUGCGAAACGAUAGCUAUGCCGUAUAGCUUUCUUGAAGAAAUGGACAAUAUUAUAAAAUGUUAAGUUGUUAAACUUGAUUAAUAUUUUUUAAAAACCGAAGAUAUCGUUUCUUAUGUUGUUCAAACUAUAGUUCUGUUUCCCGGAUAACCAGUGUAGUUAAGUGAACAACUAAAGAGAGAACACAUCGAACAGACGACAAUCCGAGCUUCAUUUGGAAUUGGUACAAGUGUUAAUGAGACAUGGAGAACGGACGCCGCUACUUAAAGAAACAUAUCCCACGGAUCCGUAUAACGUAUCGACUUAUGGACCGUUGGGUUUUGCCCAGUUAACUAAUCGAGGAAAGCUGACGGAAUAUCGAAUCGGAACAAUGUUGAGGCAACGUUACAAUGACUUUCUGGGAUCGAUCUACCAUCCGCAAGAUAUCUACGCUAUCAGUUCAGACAGUGAUCGCACAAAAAUGUCUUUACAAUUGAUGUUAGCAGGGUUGUAUCCUCCAGAUGUACCACAACUGUGGAAUCCAGAUUUACCGUGGCUCCCCAUUCCUACAUACUAUGCGCCUAAAAAAGUAGACAUGUUAUUUAAAGCUAAACGUUGUCCAAUCUACAAGGCAGCUUUUGCUGAAACAAAAAAGAUGAAAGAGGUCCGCGAUAAAAUCGCAGUUCAUGAAAACUUGUUCAAAUUUUUGAUGGAGAAAACUGGACUAGCUAUCGAAAAGCUGCCUUUAAACCUUUACAAUCUAUUAACGGCACAAAAAAACAUGAAUCUAACUCUACCGGAGUGGUGCACCGAUGAUGUGUAUCGGCAGAUGCAGGAAGCUGUCGUGCUGGAUUAUGAGAUCCGUUCAUACACGACUCAGUUGAAACGAUUGAACGGUGGUAUGUUCAUCAAGAAAUUCAUCGAUAACAUAAACAAACGUUCGCGCAAGAUGUAUGUGUACAGCGGCCACGAGGUAAAUAUCGCAGCGUUCGGCAGGGCCCAAAAUAUUAGCGAACCGAAAUUACCGGAUUAUGGAUCGGCAUUCUUACUUGAGAAACUGCGGGAUGAUUCUGGCAAACUUUACAUCAAAAUUUUUCUGUGGACAGGCACCACAGAAAAAUUAAUGCCCAUCAAACUGGCAGGCUGCAAUGAAGUUUGCCCUCUAGAAACUUAUUUAGAGCUCGUGCGGGAUGUGAUACCUUCGGACAAUGAGACGACUUGCUUGUGGGACAACAUAACUAAAGAAGAAUUGCUAGAGUUGUUUGCUGAAAAACUAAAUUUGAACUAAAAAAAUUUUGUACACGGACUGAAUAAAAUGGAUACUGUAUACGUAUUUGUAUAUGAGACGUUAAUAAAGUUUGAAGAAUAAAUGAAAGGAGUAAAAGCA